UGUAAAUGCACACAUUCACACCUAAAGCCUAAACAUGGCCUUGAAAGUUUGUCACACUCUUGGCCUACUAGUGAUCAUCUUCUUCUUGAGCUUGAUCUCUUUAGGGGUGUCGCAAACCGAUGAGGAAUUGUCCAAAGGGGCCUCAUUUAUCUUCGGCGAUUCUUUAGUCGAUGCCGGUAAUAACAAUUACUUGCCUACAUUGUCGCGGGCUAAUAUUGCGCCUAACGGCAUUGAUUUCAAGGCUUCCGGAGGUGGCCCGACGGGGCGAUACACUAAUGGAAGAACAAUAGGAGAUAUUGUUGGGGAGGAAUUAGGACAGCCGCAUUACGCAUUGCCGUUUCUUGCGCCGAACACGACGGGGAGGGUGGUGUUACACGGCGUCAAUUACGCCUCCGGCGGCGGAGGGAUCAUGAACGCCACCGGCAGAAUAUUUGUGAACAGGUUAUCCAUGGACAUUCAGGUGGACUACUUCAACAUUACAAGAAAACAGAUCGACAAACUCCUGGGACCAUCGAAGGCCAAAGAAUACAUCAACAAAAGAUCCAUCUUCUCCAUCACCAUCGGCUCCAACGACUUCCUCAACAACUAUCUCCUCCCCGUCGUCUCCAUGGGAGCAAGAAUCACGCAGACACCCAACGCCUUCGUCGACGACCUCAUCAGCCAUCUCCGAGGACAGCUAACAAGACUGUACCGUCUGGAUGCGAGGAAGUUCGUGGUCGGAAACGUGGGCCCAAUCGGAUGCAUUCCAUAUCAGAAAACGAUCAAUCAGCUGUCCGAAACCGAGUGCGUUGCGCUGCCAAACAAACUUGCUCUUCAGUACAACGCCAGAUUGCAAGAUCUUGUUAAGGAGCUUAAUGAGAAUCUGCCUGGAGCUACCUUCGUCCACGCCAAUGUCUACGAUCUGGUCAUGGAGCUCAUCACAAAUUAUGACAAAUAUGGGUUUGUAAGCGCGAGCAAAGCUUGCUGCGGCAAUGGCGGCCAGUUUGCGGGGAUAAUUCCGUGCGGGCCGACAUCCAGCAUGUGUACGGACAGGGACAAGCACGUUUUCUGGGAUCCGUACCAUCCCAGCGAGGCUGCUAACCUUAUUAUCGCCAAGCAGCUCGUCGACGGCGACGAGAGAUAUAUAACUCCGAUGAAUCUCCGGAAGCUCCGGGACCUCUGAUCCGAUCAUCUUCUGUAAACGAAAAAAAGAAAAAAGAAAAAUUAUGUUGGUGUGAUUUUUCUCAGACGAUCUAUUAAUGAUACUUUUUAAGUCUGUCUGUGUGUAAUUAAUGUCUGAAUUAAAAGUUUGGAAUGUGAAAGAAGUUGGAUUAAGAACGGCUACGGCGGGCCAGAAAGUGGAGCAUU